AUGACACUAGCGACAGAUUGUUUUGCCCCGGCAAUUUUAUUGGCAAUACAUUUGAGCAGCUUGAAGUACGUGACAAAAUUAAUCACAGCUGGCGCUGAUGUCAAUCAGGUUAUGUUUAUAGGUAAGACAUAUGAGCUAAAAAGUCCUAGAUUUAAUGAUAUGCGGAAUUCUAGAAUUCAUUUUGUUGAAUUUACACCUCUGGAAUUUGCUGUCCAGGUCGAUAAAUAUCAAAUCGCUGAGUAUCUCAUCAGCCAGGGCGCCAAUAUUUACGGAAGAAAUGACAGUAAAGGGUUUCACAGCUCGCUGCUGAGUCAAAUAACGUCGAAAUGUUGA